GCAGAGCUGUUUGGAGUAAGCCACCAGACCAUCUGUAGAAGGAUGCGAAGCAACGGAUUAAGAGUAUCUGACACAUACUCUUCCGUGAGUGACAGAGAGCUGGAUGCAGUCAUAGCCGAAAUCCACAUAAAUCACCGGAACACCGGUUACAGAAUGAUGGGAUCAUUCCUGCGUGCCAGAGGACUGCGAGUGCAAAUUCCAAGGGUACGUGAUUCACUCAGAAGAGUGGACCCAGAUGGGACGGAAUUGCGGGCCAUGGCAAAUCGCACUCUUAGACGCAGGCAAUACUCUGUUCCUGCACCCAAUGCAAUGUGGCAUAUAGAUGGAAACCACAAAUUAAUCCGAUGGAGAUUUGUGGUUCACGGUGGAAUAGAUGGCUUUAGCCGUUUGAUUGUUUAUCUGUCUGCUGCAACGAACAAUCGAGCGUCUACAGUGUUGGAGAGCUUCAGUGGUGCAGUCAGCAAAUUUGGUGUGCCAUCCAGUGUGCGCUCUGACAAGGGUGGUGAGAACAUUGAGGUUCCCCAUUACAUGGUGGAACACCGGGGAGAGAACCGUAACUCCCACAUCACAGGAAGAAGUGUCCAUAACCAACGGAUAGGACGUCUGUGGAGGGAUGUGUACACCCAAGUCCUUGAUGUGUUCCAUGUUCUCUUCCGAAACAUGGAGAGAGAGGGGAUGUUGAAUCCUGAUGAUGAGGUUCACCUUUUUGCACUCCACUGGACUUUUCUGCCUCAACUUCAGAGGCAACUUUCCUUCUUUAUGGAGGCCUGGAACCAUCACAGCCUGAGAACAGCGGGAAGCCAGUCUCCAUACCAACUUUGGACAACAUUCAGAAAUGUUGAAGAUCCUGAUCAGGUGGAGGCAGAUUAUGGAAUUAAUUGGGAUGGGCCGUAUGGCUACGAUGACCUUGGAGGUGGAGUUCAAAUCCCAGAAGUGCAGUUGCAGCAGGACACGACUGAGGAAGAUAUGGCCAGAUUACCUGACCCCAAUGUCCCCUUCUUAGAUGCAGUUGACAUCUACAGUGCCGCAGUCCAGCAGUUAAGACAGUGACUUUGUCAAUCUUUGACACACUCUAGGUUCAGUCUAAAUGCAUUUGUUUUGUUUUCCCCAGUUGAAUAAAUGUGAGUGAGUGCAGAGCAAAGAGGUGCAUUCAUAAGGCUCAAAGUGAAAUCAAAACACAGAGCUAAACAAAUUUGACUUUUUA